AUGGCCGACAGACCCGUCCCUGCGGCAGUUGAGCCGGUCUUGCCCAAGGCUGAUGCCGACGGAGCCAACUACGGCACGGCGGAUGCCCUUCCCUCCAAGAAUGACGAAAACAAAGAUGGCGACACCCGGGCGUCCAUCUCGGCCAUUUCCUCUGAAGAAGCGGCCGUGGCAGCCGGUCUCCAGCAGCUCGAAGCGCGCAACGUGCACUGGUACUCCUACCUGUUGACGCUCGACUUCUGGGCUGUCAUCGCCGUAGGCCAGAUCUUGUCGUUGUGCAUCACCGGCUCUAACACCUUCACGACGGAGCUUGCCAUAGUGGGCACCAACAUCCCUGCCUUUCAGACCCUCUUCAACUAUGCACUCCUCACCCUCAUCUACCUGCCCAUCUCGCUGUACAACCAUGGGGUGAAGGGCUGGCUGAAGAUUGUGGUGCGCGACGGAUGGAAGUACUUCAUCCUAAGCUUUCUCGACGUCGAGGGGAACUACUUCACCGUGCUCGCCUACAAGUACACCAACAUCCUCUCCGCACAGCUGCUCAACUUUUGGGCGAUCGUCUGCGUCGUGGUGCUGUCCUUUUUGUUCCUCCGCGUGCGCUACCGCAUUGUCCAGAUCCUUGGCAUCCUCCUCUGCUGCGGCGGCAUGGGCGUCUUAUUGGCGUCAGACCAUAUCAACGGCACGAACGGCGGCCCGGCCGUCGACAAGGUCAAGGGUGACCUUUUUGGCCUGCUCGGUGCAACCUUUUACGGCAUCAGCAACGUCUUUGAAGAAUGGUUCGUCAGCAAGCGCCCCGUCUAUGAGGUGCUCUCCUUCUUGGGCAUCUUCGGCAUCUGCAUCAACGGCGUGCAGGCGUCCAUUUUUGACAGGCAUUCUUUCCAGGGCGCGACAUGGAACGGGAAAGUCGCCGGCUGGCUCGUCGGAUACACCUUGUGUCUGACCCUCUUUUACUCCCUCGCCCCGCUCAUCCUGCGCAUGGGCAGCGCGGCUGUGUUUGACGUCAAUUUGUUGACGGCAAAUUUUUGGGGAGUGAUUAUUGGCACGAGGGUGUUUGGCUACUCGGUACAUUGGAUGUAUCCUAUCGCAUUUGUGCUAAUCAUUUGUGGGAUGGUCGUGUACUUCUUAGCCGGGAGCAUUCUGGGCGACUCGAAGAAGCCGUGGCUAGGGGAUAAUCAGAAGGAUGGUGUUGCGGGGAUUGGCACGGCUAAGCUGAAGGCGCUGAAUGAAGCAAGGAAGAGGGGGCUGGUAGCGCGAGAGCAGAGUCAGGGGCAGGACCGGGUGUAG